AUGACUUCUGAAUCACACUACAGUGCCAAGUCGGCUGCCUCUGCCAAUGCCUUUGUUGCCGGUGCUGCGAAUGAAAAUACGAAGGCAGGUGCAAACGCAAACGCAAACGCUGCUCCAAAGAAAAAAGUCUACUCUCAGGCAAAAGGCAUUUCCAUACGAAUCGAUAAUCUCCCUCCGGGCAAGACGUGGGCCCAAGUCAAGUACCUGAUUGGCGGGGUCAUAUACCAUACUUACAUCCUGCAGGUGAAAAUGCUGCCCCCAAUGACUUCCAUGAUCCCUCCCUUCGUCACUUUCCAGAGCUGCAUUGUCAUUCUGAAAAGCUCCAUAGACAAAGAGUCCCUGGAAAACCUGCUGCUCACUUUGAACACCUAUCAAUGGGACUAUCACGACUUGUUUGUGUAUCUCUUGCCGUACGCAAACGAUUCCAUGCCGCUGCGAUAUUCAGAAGCGAGUGAUAACGAUCUCGAUAGCGCCAAUGAGGACAUGAACAGAUCGGUAUCACCCCGGUUCAAAAAUCACGUCUCAUCCGUCACUCCGCAACCAUUCGAUUCCGCCCCGUCUUCUCAGUAUUUCAAUUUCUCACCCGAACUGGGUCUGCAGAUGAAUGAAAAUGGUACGCCUCUUCCCACGCCAAUGUCGGUGCCCGUUAGUGUGCCACCACCCCCACCUCAUGGCCCCUUCCCAACCUCAAUGCUGCCCAUCUUGGGCGCUCCGCCAGGUGCCCUUCCGAAUAUGCAAAUGCCCUACCAAGCCACACUGCCUCCAUCAACUGCUGCUGCUUCUGGCCCAUUGGGCUCUCCCUCGCACUAUCCUCGACGUCGGCAUUUCUACCACCAGAACCAAAGCCAGUUUCAAAAAUACAUGCAAAAUAACUCCAGAAAUUUGGGAACUGGCACAGGCCCCCACCCCCCACAUCAGCACCAUCUCUCCUCAAGAAACAACAAGAUAAACCCAUCCUACAAUGAAAUAUCUGCGCUAUACAACCUGAACAUGGCAUCGAAUCCCAAUACCAUUACCGGUUCUAACGCAAAUACGAAUGGCGAAGACCGUGUUCUUGAAAUUGAAGGCGGUGGAGCGAUUCCGUCGUCACAGACUCAAAUCAACCAUAAAAGACUAAAGCACAUCUUCAAUGAGAAAAGCUUCAGAAAGCAAAUGACCAAUAGAGGUAUGUGGCAGUUGAAAAUCUUGGACUUCCCACCUUUCAUACCUAUAGAACUGGUGGAGAGGAUAUCUGAUUCAGCCUUUACUGAAUUGUUGGAUCAAGGGAAAUACACUGUUAUUGAGAUCAGGGAAAAGGGCCAAUUAGAGAAAUUUGGGAGACUAAGAUGGACUGUUCUAAAAGAUUUUAUUAAGCUAAAAUGCCCGAAGCUACUGCAGUUGCAAGAAAGGCAAUUUCUGCAACAACAGCGGAACGACGUUUCUUUGCUCAAUGAGUCGAUAGACGCAUUGAAGAUAUCAGAAAAUGAGAACGCCGGUAAGAAUAUGAAUAACGGUACAUACGCGAAUGGCGGGUCUCGGUCAUCGAUAAAUAACACAAGAGAGUUUUACGUGGGGGUUUAUGAGGACCAUGAAGAGUCAACUCUGUUAAAAUUCGAACUACCGAACGACGAGUUGGUGGAAUUUAACAAACACGUGCAGAAUAUCUCAACGCUGGGUGAAGACACUUCUGAGUUGGAAGAUAACAACCAUGCCAAAUACUUCAGGGUCAGCGCAAUUGUGUACAACGCGAUCGUCGGGUUCCACGAUAAGGAACUGUCCGACUUGACAUUCGAAUCCUUGCAAGAUCAAGAAUACUCAUUGGGGUAUAAGAUUCAUGUAAUGGAACUGCCGCCAUUUGACGAGGAUGAUUUCGAGGAUCAGCAGCAAUACUAG